AUGGCUUCGAAGGAUGCCAGUCUAGCGGUGUUGAUAGACGGUGACAACGUCUCACCCAGGGUCAUUGUCGGCUUGAUGGCUGAGAUAGCCAACUACGGCACGGCCAGCGUAAAGCGAAUCUAUGGCGACUGGACUUCUCCGUCGCUCAAAGGAUGGAAAGAGUGCUUACUCAAUCAUUCAAUAACACCCAUCCAGCAAUUUGCGUACACCACGGGCAAGAACGCAACUGAUGGCGCCAUGAUUAUCGACGCAAUGGACCUGCUAUACACUGGCCGCUUCUCCAGCUUUUGUAUCGUCUCGAGCGAUAGCGACUUCACCCGGCUCGCAUCCCGCAUCCGGGAGCAGGGCGUCACCGUUUUCGGGUUUGGCGAACGCAAGACAAACAACGCGUUCAUUGCCGCUUGCGAUAAGUUUACCUACUUCGAUGUACUUAACCUGCCGCCCGAGGAAACCACCCUUACAGACCGCCCAUUCGGCUUCGUCGAUUCCCACCCUGUCGUCAACACAACUCCCAGGCUGGGCAAAAGGCCUCUUGAUCAGUCAGCAGUCGAGGGCUUGUCCAGGGCCGUGAAUAGUUGCAGGAGCGACAUUGACAAUUGGGUUCAUCUAGCCGACGUCGGCGUCUACCUCAGCAAGAUCUCGCCCGACCUCAACGCACGCAACUACGGUUACGAACGCCUGCGUGAUUUCGUGGAGGCGUCUGGGAUCGUGGACGUCAAGAAGAGAGAUAUGGGUGAUCACCCUCCCGUUGUUCUGGUCCGUCUUAGAGAGCAUCGGGAUCGAGCCUAG